AGGCUGAUCUUGCACGUAAAACAUCCGUGAUAUUUGAGGCGCUCCAGGGAUUUAGCGAGCAUGCCCAGUGAGAGCCCCUCUCAGCAGCAGCAGCAGCAGAGGAAACCACUGGUGCAGCUCAGCGCUCAUACCAAGCAUAGCCUGCGUGUCAGUGCAGUCGACUUACAGCUGGCUGUGAGGACAACUGACGCUACUCUCUUUUUUUUGUUGCUCUUUAUCACCGCGAUACAUUAUAACCCAUAACUCAAACAAAGUGUCCUAAACUCGGUGUCAGUCCUCUCUAAAGGGGGUUUAUUUUAUUAAAAAGGGGGUUUAUAGAAACUAAAGUUGGAGGCUGGGCCUUUAGCUGUCUAGACCGUCGCUUGAGAGAAGAAGAAGAAAGAAGCUGGUCUUUUUUUUGGGGUAAAAACUCGAUAAAUGCUACUAACUAAGAUGGACCUGUUGAACUACCAGUACCUGGACAAGAUGAACAACAACAUCGGCAUCCUCUGCUACGAAGGUGAAGCAGCUUUGAGGGGGGACCCCAGACUCCAGUCCCUGUCUCUGUCCUCGUCUUCUUCCUCGUCGUCCUCCUCUUCGUCGUCGUCGUCCUCAUCUUCCUCCAUCUCCAAUCACAGGACGGGUCCUCCUCCCAUCAGCCCCACCAAGAGGAAGCUGAGCGGGGACCAGGGGGACAGCGACAUGGACGACAACGAGCAUGUGGCGAAGAUGAGCCGGCUGUUUGCCACACAGCUCAAACCUAAUGGAGACUACCGCAGCUCUCCCAUGUCCAAGGACCGGAGCAGGAGCCCCAUCGAGCGCGUGGUGGUGCCCAGCGCUCUGGGAGUCCACAGCAACCACCUGUACAGCCAUGCCCACCACCACCACCAUCACCACCUGGCCAGCUUAGCCGGCAUGGACCAGCCGCUGGCGCUCACCAAAAACAGCAUGGUGGAAUCUGCGCGCAGCAGCACGGCAGCUAUGGCCACAGUGCAGCACGCAGUCAGCGCCGUGGAACGCCAGCAGAAUCGUCCUUCAGUGAUCACAUGCGCCCCAGCCAACAACCGCAACUGCAACCUGUCUCACUGUCCGGUCUCCCACAACGGCUGCGCGAGCCUCACCAACAACUUCAGGAGAAUCAACACCAAUACAGCCUGCGACCCGGUGAUUGAGGAGCAUUUCCGCCGCAGCCUCGGGAAGAACUACAAGGAGCCCGAGCCCACCGCCACCAACUCGGUGUCCAUCACGGGCUCGGUGGACGACCACUUCGCCAAGGCACUGGGCGAGACCUGGCUGCAGAUCAAAAACAAGGGGAGUCCCUCGUCGUCCGGCAGCAGCCCAAACUCCUCCCCUGACAGUCACAUGGUCAAUCACAACCACUCCCCUUCCGUGGUCUCCUGAAGGAGGAGGGGUUUAAGAGGGAAUCACCCCUCUUUCCUCAGCCCUCCCAAUCAUCCCGGCUCCAACACCCACGCCUUUGUCACUUUGGUCUGUCACCAGCAUCCCAGAGGGAAUGCCUGCCUGCUGGUCUGCUAAAAACAUCUAAAAAACCCUCAAGCCUGCUCUCUCUCUCUCUAUGCACUCUUAGAGGAUCAAUCAAGCAAUAACAACAUGGCCGUUUUUUUUCCCCUUCUGUCCUCUGGCAUGGUAAUGCAAGACAAUAAUCAGCAAAGAGUGAUGAGGGUUUGACUUUUUUUGGGACUCGACUGGAGCGUCAAGCAGCUCCUUCCAAUCAUUCAUCAUCCCUGCAUGUCAAGCUUGGAGCAAAGUGUCUGUAGUAAUAUGUACAUAAAAGAGAGAGAGGAGAGGCGGUGUUUUAAUUAUUAAUUUUCUUCUUUGUUUUUUUUGUUUCUUUAACAGUAGUUUUGUGUACUGCUUUUGCAUUAUGAGAUGCCCGAUAUUUGAAAGAAAAGUUAAGCGAGAAACACUUUGGAGGAAAAUAAUCACAAACCACCUGACUGUGCUACCAAAGAAACCUCAGACACCGAUGUUUAUCAGCGCCCACCCUCGAAAACAAAACAACAAAAAUCCAUCCUUAUAAUCUCCCUCUGUUUUCAUCUCUUUUCCUUCUCUCUCUCUCUCUCUCUCUCGCUCCUGUGUAUGUGUUCUGGUGGUUUUGUUACUGUAUGUGUAUACUGGCCGACUUGGUGUGAUUUGCACUACUGCCGUAGAGGUUAAAGGGCGGCACUGCACACACUGGGACUGAUGAAGCUGAUUUUGACACAGCCUGGUAUUAUCCAGCUUUUGUUGGAUCCUCUAUUUGAUCCCAUUGACUGUUAUUUAUAAUCUACUUGGGCAUAAUUUCAUCCCGCCCCUGACAGAAAAGUACAAGCCACAUUAUUAUGCAUUAAUCUACCAGUAUAAAAUGUCAGAGAUGUGCAAAGUAAUACGUAUUUGGAUACCACGUGCUCCAAUAUACAGUGAACUUUGUCACAUCACUGCAUGUGGAUUAGUGCAGCUGUUGGCUACAAACAAACACAUGCAUUGCAUGGUAGGCGGAAAAAAAAGGUUGCUUACAUUGCCACCUCGUGCAUACACCGUUCGGUCUACUACAACUCCUUAAAUAGUGCCAAAUUGUUGCAUUUCAUUUCACAAGCACAGUCAGGUGAUCAAAUCAGCCGACUGGUGGAUGGUCCAUGGACAUCCCGGCCAUUAUGAGAGGAGAUCAGGGCUGAAAACGCAGCUGUACGACCUGCAGUGUGCUGCUGAACAAUGUGCUUUGAUGUGUUUCACAGGCUUAACUGCUGACAGUGAUGAGGAGAGAGAUGACGCUGCAUGUCACUUUGUGGUUGUAAAAAAGUCUAGUUUCUCGACCGGGGGAGAGAAGAUUAUUCCGAUCUCUUCAAACACGCCUUUGUUUUUGUAUCUCUUUGAACACAGACAGGUGUUGUAAUUAUAUUUGGCUUACGCCCUACUACCCCUCCCCUCUCCUACACACUGUGGUUUGGUAGAUUUCUACAAGGUUUGAAGGGUAAACUAAUGCUUUUUACAGAUGCAUGUUUGUUUUUUUGUUUGUUUCGUUUUUAAUAGCUGGUAUCUAUUAAUGUUUUUAAGCAGCAUUUCAAUCUUAACUAUUAGCCUUUUUUCAUUCGGACGUUAGUUGUUACUUCUUUCGUUGUCAGUAACAGACAUAGACACUAUACACUCACUGCUGGGUCAGUCGUACUCCAUAUUAUUAUUGUUAUUGUUAUUAUUACAAUUUUGUAUUUUUUUGUUUUCCAUUAAUAUCAGUAUGGUAACAAACAUCUAUAGCGGGACAGCCUCCGGACAGGCUCUGUUUUAACGAUGAGAGCUGCGUUUCUCCAAACCAUCUCGCCACGCUGACCGACUGGCUCAUUCCCCCUAGCAGAGAAGAGCGGUGGUCGCUUUAGUGUCGAGUUGGCUUCGGGAUGCGCAGCCUGUAAAGGUUUUCUUAAGAUGUUGAUCCAUCGGUGGUACAGGAUGCUACAACCUUCAGCAUGACCGAGCUGAGACACCAGGUUGGCACAAAUCAGUCAACAGGGGCCUUGUUUUCCCUCAAAAGCAUCUCAAAUGGCUAAGCACGCUAUGAUGCUUUUGGGAAACACGGUAUUGUUUAUGGUUAAGAGCCAGUGAUGACAUCCAGAGCUGUGGAAAACAUAGCAAAAAGAUAGUAGCAAACAAAACACUUGCUGAUAAUUAGGGGGCUUAUCUGAAUUUAUGGUGUGAUGUCACGGCUCUCAGUUGACUUUUUGUGUCCUGACUUGGUGUCCGGACAUUUUUUUUGUUUGUACUUCAAUGCUUUUCUGAACAACAUUGUAUUGUUUGCUGCAGUCUGAGAAAAUGAAUUUUACUCUGUUAAAGAGCCUGCGCCAAGGCGGCAUACAUUCCUCCUAUAGGGAACUUUGUACAGGCCUCACACACACACUCAGUAUCUCCAUAUCAACAGACAAGAGCUAAUAACCAGCCAGGGCCACAACGGUCACAUAGUUUGUUUUUGUGUCUUUUCUGGAUUUACAAGGUGUCCACUUUUGCUUUUUUCUUUGCAUCAGGCAAAUUGGCCAUUCAUUCAUACCGUAUGAUAAAGGAACAAACAAGCAUUUAUGCCAUAAAUACAUACCGUAUAACAUUUUUGAGGACAUUCGGAGCGUAGGAUUUAGAGAACUGGGGCUGUACUCUCAGUCUAAAUGUGCUUUCUGUGGCAGAGUGGUUUGGAUGGUGAUUUUCAGCAGGCAGGUUUGGGGAGGGGGGAGCAGAGCUUCAGGAGCUGAGCUUCUGUAAGCACGACCUGUGAGCUAGGAUUUGUUCAGCUGACACUGAAAGUCUUCUGAUGGUCUCACAGACCCCCCCUUCCUCCUCCUCUCAGAUACAGUUAACCCUGAUUUAGAUUUGAUGUAAUAAGCAAUGUGCUAGAAAACACGAGGGAAAAGGGCUCAGUGUCCAGAGGAUUUUUGUUUUUCUAUUAUUAUUCUUUCUCAUUAUCUUUCACUACCACCCUGUAGGUAGUAGGCUCUCUUUCUGCUUCGGCAACACACUCCCUACACACUGUAGGAAAAUCACUUAUUAAAAAAAAAAUACUUUUUUAUAAUAGGUAACUAUAAGACCAUCAUUACGCUGUGCGUAACGAAUGUACAGAGAAAAAAAUCUUAGGUAUUUUUUGAGGAACAAUUAAUUUGUUAAUGAUAUGUAGCUAUUUAAUUGUUGUUUUUUCCCUGUCCUUAUAUUGUAAUCAUUGCAUUUUCUUUUUUUUUUUGUGAAAAAGUUGAUCUUUUUUUGUUUAUAGAGUUUGUCUUGUUAGAGUAAAAGGUUCAAGUGCAGGAACACAGUAAACGUAUGAAACCACAAUGAGCCACUGGUGUGUCGGUGACAAUCGCUACUUCCAUUGGUCCCCACCCACUUGUGUUCGAUCAUGUGACUUCUGAGAAAAAGGAGGUUGUCCUUUCAGAAGCCUUUUUGAGCAAGUUGCAAGUUUUGCAUUGAUGGAACAUGAUCAUUUUGCCACUAGCCCAAUGAGUCCUGCCAGCCUUUUCCCAAAUCAUUUCCAUGUAACUAUUAAAAAUAAAAUAAAAAUCAACAUUAGUCAUGGGCUAGCAGGCAGGUAAAAUCUCCACCACUGCAUGUAGGAAGUAUAAAUUCUGGGUUUUGAUGACUGUUCUUGGUCUACAGAUGAGAACUGAGCUACAAGUAAAAACCAUCAGUCCAUUUGAGAACACUUGUCGGGUUGGUUUAACUUCAUUGAAAUCAAAACUGAAAGCUGAACUGAUGAAAACUUGGCAGCAUUUUCGUUAAUUUUUUUGUUGCUCAAGUUCAUCUGCUUCAUCUCCGUCACCCAGACAGUGAGGCGGAGAUCUAAAGCAGCAAAUGAGCUUUGGGUCGUCGCCCUUUGUAUGUGAUGUCCCAUCUGUGGAGGCUAUUUUGCAUCUGUAAUCGAGUAAACAACAUGGAAAUUGUGCAGAUAAAUCAAAGAGGAGUUGGUCUUUACUCUUGACUGUACCACAUUUUACAGGUCCGUUUUGAAGUGGAAGUAGCAUGUACUUAGUGGUAGUAAUACUCUGAACUGUAAGAAAAAAAAAUUGUAUCAAGAAAACAGUCAAUUUGUGGCUCUGUGUCUCCUCCUACUAAAAAGGUUUUGGCAGGCCACCUUUUUUGUACGUAAAGUAGCCUUGAUGAACAAUAAAGUGCUUUUAAACCACUG